CCCCGCGGCGCUGCAGCCGCGCGUGUCCGCGAGGCGCGGCCUGGAGGCGGCCGUCACGGGCGGGGGCGCGCAGAUGGGCGUCGUCCGGCUGGAAAAAGCCGCCAAGCGGGAGUUAUGCAAAAGGCUCUGGUCAGCGUUUAGUCUCCUUAAAACGCGGCACUUUUCUAUCUAAAAAGGCUUCCGUGACCCUUACAGGCCCGGCGAGCCCAUUUUUAGGGAAGGGACACGGAAAGAUUGCGCGGACGUGGCUUCCAGGGGGCUCUGCGGCGAGCCCAGCGUUGUCGGGGACGUGGCCCGUUCCGCGUUGGACACCCCUAGAUGUUUUACCUUGCAGGAAGGAGAGACUGCGCAGAGGAUUAACAUGAGAUCACGUAGACUCUUCCUUUUCAUUCGUUCAAGCCAAAAGAGCAAGCCACCUUUCACUUUAGCCUGUGUGGCGUUACUGCUUGGAUUACACUUUCUACCCUAGUGCUGCGCUCACGAUGCCAGAAGGGAAGUCUCCCGACAGAAAAAGACCGCGCAGAAACUUGUCAGCCAGCAAAACUAAAAGCAGUGCGUCUAUUGUUGCAUACUUUAACAAUGCACCGCCUGCUAAACUUGCCUGCCCCAUUUGUGGUAAAAUGGUGCCCAGAUACGACCUAAGCCAGCAUCUUGAUGAGAUGUGUGCUGUCACUGAUGUCACUCAGGUUGGCCCGGCGCGGCUUGGCUUAAUGAAUUCAGACGCGUCCACAGCAGAGGUGGCCAGUGUUGCCUUAGAAGGUGUAACGCCAGAGACGUCAUCGCCGCCAAAGAAAAGUUUAACGGCUGGACAGAGUGGUUUGGUGGAGGGGGGUGUGAAACGGACCAGUCCCUACUUUAAAAGUAAUAAUGCCGUCGUGUGCAAAAAUCAGGAAGAGUUGAGAAAUCAUAAUGUGAAAAUGAUUUCUUUGGGAAGCCUGUCAUCUAAACUGUCCAGAAGGUACAUGAAGGCUAAAAGAUCCCUAGGUACGAGUGAGGAAUUUGCUAGUCAUUGUCCGCAGCGUUCCGUAUCCACAGCUGUCAGGAGCCUGGCGGAUGACAGUUCAGAAGUGGAGGAUAAGGAUGAAAAUUUAAAUAGUUCUCAAAAGGAAAACAUUUUUACAUGUGACUUGGUAAAGGAAGAGAAUACUCCUGAAUGUAUGGUAAAUAGUAGUAAAAUAACAGAAGCUGACAGCCAAAAGGCUAUCCAGGAGUGUAGGAAGGUAUCCUGCAGCCCUGGCUUGUCAGGUAAGGCUCUUACAGGAUUUUCACCAGAUUUAAGGCUUGGAGAGAAUUUCAAGUCCACUUCAGAAGAUGGGCUUGUAAAGCCAGAGAGUAUCAAAGAAGUAGAUGAUCGAGGUGAAAAACGUGAGGUGUGCAGUUAUGAAGAAGUAGAAGUCACCGUUGCUUCAGAAGUUAAAACUCUGUUGUCGGGUUCAGAGGCAAAAUCUCCUAGUUCUGUAAAUGAUGGUUCUAAAUGGAGGGAUGUGCAAGAACUUCUGGAGGAUGACAGAGACCUAAAGAAUGAAGUGGUCUGCGACGUUCCUGUGGAACCGGGGCCCAGCUGUGAUGUUCCUGGUAACACAGCUGGAACACCAGGUCAUCCUUAUUACCUACGCAAUUUCCUCCUGGUCCUGAAAGCCGUACUGGAGAACGAAGAUGACAGGCUGCUCUUUGAUGACGAGGAUAAGGAAGUUAUAGACAAAUUCUAUCAAUUAUCAGCUAGUGGUCAGAAGUUAUAUGUGAGGCUCUUUCAACGCAAGUUAACCUGGAUUAAAAUGAACAAAUUAGAAUAUGAAGAGAUCGCGCCAGACUUAACACCUGUGAUUGAAGAAUUGCACCUUGCGGGCUUUCUGCAGACAGAAUCUGAGUUACAAGAGCUCUCUGAAGUCCUUGAACUCCUUUCUGCUCCUGAACUGAAAACCCUGGCCAAGACCUUCCAUUUGGUGAAUCCCAGUGGACCAAAACAGCAGCUGGUAGAUGCCUUUCUGAGGUUGGCCAAGCAGCGUUCAGUCUGCACUUGGGGCAAGAAUCAGCCUGGAAUUGGAGCUGUGAUCUUAAAAAGAGCUAAAGGCCUGGCUGGACAGUCACUGCGAGUCUGUAAAGGUCCCAGGGCUGUGUUUUCUCGGAUCUUACUCCUGUUUUCAUUGACUGACUCUGUGGAAGAUGAAGAAGGUGCUUGUGGUGGUCAAGGUCAGCUUUCUACGGUGCUUCUGGUCACUCUUGGCCGAAUGGGGUUUCCUAGUUAUACCAUCAAUCGGAAAACCCAAAUCUUCCAAGACAGAGAGGAUCUUAUCAGAUAUGCAGCAGCUGCGCACAUGCUGAAUGACAUUUCCACCGCCAUGGCCAGUGGGAACUGGCAAGAAGCUAAGGAGCUCUCUGACAGCGCGAGAAGGGAGUGGGACAAGCUGAAAGGCCACCCUUCCCUGAGGUACCACGAGGCUUUACCACUCUUCCUGCGGUGUUUUACCGUUGGCUGGAUUUACACACGGAUUUUGUCGCGGACUGUUGAGAUACUGCAGAGGCUUCACAUGUAUGAGGAAGCCGUCAAGGAACUCGAAAACCUUUUGUCUCAGGAAGUUUAUUGCCCUGACAGCAGAGGCCGAUGGUGGGAUCGACUGGCUCUUAACCUGCACCAGCACCUGAAGCGCCUGGAACCGGCUGUCAGAUGCAUCAUCGCAGGGCUGGCAGAUCCAGAAGUAAGGACGGGGCACCGCCUUUCACUCUAUCAGAGAGCCGUGCGCCUGCGGGAGUCCCCGAGCUGUAAAAAGUACAAGCGUCUCUUCCAGCAGCUGCCAGAGAUGGCUGUGGAAGAUGUUAAACACGUGACCAUCACGGGCAGGCUGUGCCCACAGCACGGGAUGGGCAAGUCCAUGUUUGUCGUGGAGGCUGGGGACACGGCUGCCCCCGCCACAGUCCUGUGCUCUGUGGAGGAGCUGGCGCUGGACCACUACAGACGCAGUGGCUUUGAGCAGGGUAUCCACGGGGAAGGGUCUACCUUCAGCACGUUGUGCGGCCUCCUCCUGUGGGAUGUGAUCUUCAUGGACGGGGUCCCAGAUGUCUUCAGGAACGCCUACCAGGCGUCCCCGCUGGACUUGUGCACGGACAGCUUCUUCACUAGCAGGAGGCCGGUGCUUGAGGCCAGGUUGCAGCUGAUUCACAGUGCCUCUGCAGAGAGCCUGCAGGCCUGGGUGGCCACCACGUGGCAGGUCCAGGAGGGCCGGGUGUCUUCCCUCAUCAGCUGGGAUCUCUUCGCCUCUCUUCAGCAAGCUCAGGAUCUUGUUUCCUGCUUGGGGGGUCCCAUCCUCAGUGGUGUGUGCAGGCGCCUGGUUGCUGACUUCCGACACUGCCGAGCGGGCCUCCCUGACCUGGUGGUGUGGAACUCUCAGAGCCGUCAUGUCAAGCUGGUGGAAGUGAAAGGCCCCAGUGAUCGUCUCUCACAUAAGCAAAUGAUCUGGUUGGAUGAACUGCAGAAGCUGGGGGCUGAAGUAGAAGUCUGCCAUGUGGUUGCAGUUGGAGCCAAGAGCAAAGGCCUGAGCUAAAAGCUGUGGAAUUUUCAGUAUGUGGUCAUAUGCUGAUAAAUGAUUUUUAAAAGUAUACAGCAGUAUUAGAUUGUAUUUUUGAUUUUGUUAUUGUCAGUAAUAGACCUGAUAGGGUGAAGAUUCAUCACUGCACAGUGUAUAUGUAUUACAAAACUUGGUAGCUGCUUGAAUGUACUGGUUGAUUCCACAUAGUGUAUAAUAAACUUUUUAAAAAAAAA